GGCGGCAGAGGCCGACCGGCCGCUAUGGACGGCGCCGUGACCGAACUGGCCCGUUAGCAUACCGAUUGGCGCCUGUAGCGGGCAGGCAUGGCCGACCGCAGACCCAGGGACGGCGGCGUGCCGCUGCCCAUCCAGCUCUUCCUCUGGCGGCAGACCAGCCCAUUUAUCCGGCCAAAGCUUGGAAAACUUCACGAGGCCACCUGUGUGUGUCUGGAGAAGGUUCUCGUGCAAAACAUUCUGUUCGGCCUGUCGCCGAGCCUGACGGACGCCAUCAGGUCGAUCUCGCGCUGGCGUCUCAUCCAGACUGCGUUCCCCUACGUAGUCCACUGUGCUGCAAGCCUUCUGCACAACCGCCGAGAGUCGAACCUGCAAGGCCUCGGCGCCGUGGACACCAAGCUGCUGUACACGCUGCACUGGAUCCUGCUGGACGCCGCCGAGGAGUGCCGCGACGCCGACCUCGAGAUGGGCAUCUUCAACACGUCUCCGUUCCACUACCUGUUCCCCAUCACCAGCAUCCAGGUAUUCAUCUACCUCUUCACGCCGCUGAUGCACUCGCUCAAGGAGUCGGACUUCGCCAACUUCCGGCUUGAGAACGGGCUGAAGAUCUGGUCGGCGCUCUGGGAGUAUCGGCACCCCGAGGUUGCCUGCUUCACGGCCACGGCGCGGCCGCGGCCUGCCGCCCCGCCGCCGCGCCGCGGCAAGAAGGCCAACCAGAUAUUCGGCGACGUCUUCAUCGGCGGAGGGCGCCAAGGCCGGCAGGCGGCCGCGGCGGCGGAGGAGGGCGCAUCGGCCCGCUGCGGAAUCGGCGACGAGGCGUCGGAUGCUAACCAGCCGGCCGGCUGGAGCGCCCGCCACGAGCCACCCUCUGACCUCAGCUUCAGCUGCGAGCCACCCACCAAGGAGGCGGCGGCGCGCGGCGCAACGGUCACCACCCCCCGUGAGGCGCACGCCGCCUCCUUCCCGGAGACCAUCCCCGAGGAGACGUCCUCGAUCGAGGAGGAACAUGUGAUGAUCUUCCGGCUGGACUCGCUGCCGGAGGAGGACGAGGAUGACACGCAGAGGCGGCCCAAGGUGUAUAAGGUGCCGUCCCGUAUGCUGGGGCAUCAGGUCAGCGAGAAUCGAACGAGCCCGCAUGAGUCCAAUCGUCCUGCUGUCGGCGAGCACGGGGGAGCGGCGGUGGAGCCGUCCUCCUCCCGCGCCAGCCACACGCCCUCCACCCUGGUCGACCUCACGAUGGCCACCUUCACGGACGUGGCUGUGCUGCGCUGCCUCUUCAUUCCGCAAUGGGUGGAGGAAGGUGUCUUCUGGGCCGUCCAGUUCCUAUUCUACAGACUGCGCGAGAUGACCAACGACGGCACGGAGGAGGACGCUCCGCGGAAGCGCAGCAACUCGCUUCCAGUACCCAAGAUUGAGGUCUCGCUCUACCAGAGUCCGGAAACGAAGCGCCGCGAGGCAGCCGCCCGCGAGGCGCCGCCGCCCUCGCCAGACCACAUGUACACCGGCGACCAGACGCCCGGGCACCCGAUCAGACCAGACGCCAGGGUACACGGCCAGACGGACGCCAGGGUACUCGGUCAGACCGACGCCCGGGUGCUCGGCCAGACCAGGCGUCGGGUGUAG